GAAACAACCGGUCAGCUGAUUGCAUUUCUAACAAGUCUAAAGGAAACGACACAGCUCUAUGACACAAACCUCUGGACACCAUCAGCAGUGGAAGCUCUGUGCUUCAGAAAUCUCUUAAGACGUCAAAAUGGAUUUUUCCGAUGAUUAUGGUUAUAACGUGGACUAUAACUACACUGAUGACAGCAAUGACACUCCACACGAGGAGGCAGUGUUUCAGCACCAAUCGACGUGUUUAAAGGAAGUGUUGUGUGUUUUUUUACUCGUGGUCAGUGUGGUCAUUUUUCUGCUGGGCUUCUUUGGAAACGCUCUGGUCAUCUGGAUUUCUGGCUUCAAGAUGAAGAAGACUGUCAACACCACCUGGUACAUGAGCCUAGCGAUCUCUGACUUCGUCUUCUGCGCCUUCCUCCCGUUCAGCAUCACCAACAUGGUGAUGGAGGAGUGGAUCUUCGGCCGCUUCAUGUGCAAAUUCGCCUCCUCCGUUAUGUUCCUCAACAUGUUCAGCAGCAUCUUCCUCCUGGUCGUCAUCAGCAUCGACCGCUGUGUGUCAGUCGUGUUUCCAGUCUGGGCUCAGAACCAUCGCACUGUUAAAAAGGCGUCCGUUGUGGUUUGCAUUUCCUGGCUUCUCGCCAUCGCACUGAGCUUUCCCUCUGUCAUCUUUCGGGAGGUCGGCACUCACAUGGGGAGAACCAUUUGCUACAACAAUUAUACAUUACACCAACAUGGUCACAAGAUGGUUGCAAUGAGUCGCUUCCUCGCAGGGUUCAUUGUCCCUUUCAUUGUCAUCAUCAUCUGCUACUCUAUCAUCGUUCUCAGACUGCGAACCAACAGGAUGACCAAAUCCUCCAAACCCUUCAAAGUCAUGUCUGCACUCGUCGCUGCUUUCUUCAUCUGCUGGAUGCCCUACCACGUGUCCGUCUUACUCGAGCUCAACCAUCAAAAGUAUGACCACAGCAUUUUGGUUGCCGGACUCAAAGUAGGCACUUUGAUGGCGGCAGCGAACAGUUUCCUCAACCCAGUGUUGUAUGUUUUCAUGGGCAAUGACUUCAAGCAGAAGUUCAAGAGCUCCGUGCUCUCAAAGAUGGAGAACGCAAUGGGAGAGGAAGGCCGCACCACCAGCCGAUACCUGUCCAGGUCCAGCUCCAUGGAUGGCAGAGCUUCCACACACAUCUAGAACAAACUGGUUCACUCAAGACACUCAUGUGACCUCAAAAAUACUGUUUUCUGAAAUGCAAUUAAUGAACACGAAAUAUAGAAAAUAUGUAUAGAUUCACAGUGCUAAUGAGCAUUUUCGUUGCCCUUUUUUCUUUUUUUUACUGUAGACAGUAUAGAAAAAAUGGUUGCCAAUGCAGACUUUAUGUACAUUAUGUAGUGGAAGAAUCUGCAAGCUUGAGCCAAUAUCUAAACGUGGACUGUACUCACUGGGCGCUGCAUGUGUGACAUCAAUCACGUGCAACGGAAAUAAUGUUUUCAGAGCAGUUUUUGUGGAGUUUUGCAGGUCGCUUUAACUGCAGCACAAUGAGGAAUUUGUGUUGUAAAGUACAAAGACUGUAAAAUAUAAUCUGAUUAUAAAUUAUAUUCUAUAUAUCAUUAUAUUAAGCAUCGUCUGAAAUUAUAUUGUGCUCAAGGAACAUUCAGUGGUCUUUUUUUUUUUUUUUUUACAAAUAAUGUGGAUCACAAAUGGUGGCAGUGAAUUAAUUGCAGAACUAAUUUUUUAGUCUUUCAGAGUUCUUGCAUGCUGGAUUUAUUUUAUGGCAUCUAUUUAGAUUAGUGAAACCUAGGAAAAUGAUCUAGUUUUUGCAAAUUUGGUGUAUGGGGCUUCAGUCUUCAGUCUUUCAUUUGACCUGAACUAAAAUGAUUGACCACGCAAUUAGACAUAAAUAGAAGAUCCUAAAAAACACUCGCACAAAAGAGCCAAGAAUUGAUUACUGGUAUUUCUUUUCUUGCUCAUAAUACCU